UCCCCCAUAGUAUGGUCGAUCGGUUACGUCCGUGAUCCUUCGAUCGAAUACACCACAUCCACCGGCGAGACUCAGCUCCGCAGACCUUACUACGUCACUCAGUACUCGAACAUCUCAGAGCUGAUCGAGGGUUUCGUUUCAGACUUCAGCGAUGCACAGAGCAGGGCUGAAUCGUUGGACAACGAGCUGACACAGAAUGCCUCUUCGAUCUCGUCACAGUAUAGCGAUCUGAUAUCUCUCGCCGCACGUCAGGCGUUCGGAGGGAUUGAUAUCACAGUGUCAAACGAGACAGACGGCAACUGGAAUACCUCAGAUGCGAUGAUCUUCAUGAAGAAUAUGGGAACUGACAGACGCAUCAAUCCGGUCGAGGUUCUGUAUGCUUCUUUCCCAAUGUUCCUCUACUUGAAUGCGUCUUUCUGUAAAAGUCUCCUGGCUCCUCUUUUCGAAUAUCAGUCUGGUGAUCUGUACACUCUUCCCUAUGCGGCGCGUGAUCUUGGCCAGAGUUAUCCCAUCGCGUCCGGUGACAACUCCACAUCAUUCGAUCAGGGAGUUGAGCAGUCUGGGAACAUGCUUAUCAUGACGUUAGCCCAUGCGAGAGCUUCUGGAGAUGGAUCGCUGAUCGGCCAAUACUAUGAACUGCUGAAAAACUGGGCCGAUUACCUUGUUGAAAAGACAUUGACUCCGACAAACCAGGUCUCCGCAGACUCUCAGCCCACGGCAAACAUGACGAAUCUGGCAAUCAAGGGCAUCAUUGGGAUUCGAGCAAUGGCAGAGAUCAGUCAGGCGUAUGGCAACGGCGAUGACGAACAACACUAUGCGUCAACUGCCUCUGCCUAUGCUAGCACAUGGCAGUCCCUGGCGUUGUCCUCGGAUGACGAUAACUUCCUUUUCAGCUACGGGGAUACAGGCUCGUGGGCUCUGAUGUACAACCUUUAUGCCGAUCGUUUGCUGCAAACAGGACUGAUAGAUGACACGCUUUAUGAGCGUCAAUCCAAUUUCUACGAGGAGCUCGCGGAUGCGGCAACAGGCUGGUUGGCGUUCACCGCUGCUACAGCGUCCAACACAACUGUUCGCAACAGCUUGAUUGACAUGAUCUGGAAGCGCGCGUCAUAUAAUCUCACCGCCGGUGUCUGGCCAUCCGUGUAUUCUACUGUAGGGAGCGGCUCUGUCGAAGAUGGUUCUGCACUGCCAGCACAGGGUGCUAUGUUUGCCUUAUUGACACUCGACAUGGCAAACAAAACAAUCAAGAUUCCCUCUUCUGCCACCGCAGCAGCCACGACGUUACACUCGCACACGAACGUCGGGGCCAUUGUGGGCGGCGUCGUCGGCGGCGUGGCGGGCUUAGCCAUUGUGCUUCUAGCAAUCUUCUUAUGGCGACGUAGAUCGCGGUCCACAUCCCAGCUGCUUGAGAAGGACCUCGUCACGGAUCAUCCGGAGCCGGUACCGUUCCCUUACAACGCCACGCCGUACGGCUCGAACGAGCAGACUGGGGCGGAGAGCACGCAUAAUCCGCCCCCACUAAUGCCGUCGAAGUUGCGCGAGCACCUGAAUCUCACUUCGCAUGGGGAGCAGCAUGCCGAUGGGUCGAUGGUAUCCACCUCUGCGUAUACGAGCACGGCACCGGCGUCGAGUCAGGAGCCACCAUCAACCGAUGUCUCUGUUCCAUCAGCAAGCGAGAUGCUCAGCUUGCGGACGGAGGUGGAGAACCUGCGGAGGGCUAUGCAAGAGAUACAGGCGGAUCGUAUCGAGGCACCGCCGAGCUAUGCGGAGGGCUAG